UGAAUGUGUUUGAUUGUUGCACAAAAUAAAAAUGUUGCGAAGGGCAGCGACCAAUGCAUAUUCAUGGUGGUGGGCAAGCCACAUCAGGACUAAGCAAUCCAAAUGGCUAGAACAAAGUCUCCAAGAUAUGGAGGAGGUGGUGGCUGAAACCCUAAAAAUUAUUCAUGAUGAAGGGGAAUCAUUUUCCCAAAGGGCAGAAAUGUACUACAGGAAGAGGCCACAACUGGUAGGUUACGUGGAAGAAGUGUUUCGAGCAUAUAGAGCAUUAGCUGAGAGAUACGAUCUUCUGUCAAAGGAGCUCCAAAGUGCCAACCGCACUAUUGCCAGUGCUUUCCCAGAACAAGUCCAUUAUAGAAUUGAUGAGGAUGAUGGUGAAGAAGGCUUCCAUGGAACAAAUUCAUCAUCUCAACACCCCAACAACCAAACACCAAAAUCAAGCAUUCCUAAAGCCCCAAAUAUGCCAAAGAAGGAUUUUAGAAGCCCAUCAAUGGUGCUCUCUAAGAAGGGUACAUUUAAGAGAUUUGCAAAAUCUGCUCCCACAAGUCCUCAUUCAGGUCUGAGUAAGGUUGCAGCACUAGCAGAAGUUGACAAGCUUCAGAAAGAAAUGUUGGCACUACAAACUGAGAAAGAGUUCGUAAAGUGUUUGUAUGAACAUUCCUAUGAAAAGCACUGGGAAAUUGAGGACCGUAUUACUGAAAUGCAAAAAAGAGUUUACAGUUUGCAAGAUGAGUUUGACAUUAAUGCAAUCAUAGAGGACAAUGAGGCAAGAGCUUUAAUGGCAUCAACAGCUCUAAAUUCAUGCAAAGAGAGCCUUGCUAAAUUGCAAGGUGUACAAGUACAAUCAUCUGAAGAGGCUAAAGUAGCACACCAAAGGGUUAAGGAAGCUCAUGCCAAGUACGAAGCCCUUAAAGACCAAUUCAUUUCUAAACAUAAAAGUCAACAAGACCACGGAAUAGAACCGAAAAACAUAGAGGAAGAAGACUUGUCUAACUUGGAAGAAGAAAUGCAUGAGCAUGAUGUGGGGAAGUUAAGAGACAUGAUUAAGAAAAAGCUUGAGGAAGAUUCAGGUAGCUCCCUCACUAUGACAGAAAUCGUAGAGAAGAUUGAUGAGCUUGUAAGUAAGGUUGUUACCCUAGAAACUGAGGUCUCUUCUCAGACUGGCUUGGUAAAGAGACUGAGAUUAGAAGCAGAUGAACUUCAAAAAAAUAUACUGAGCUUGGAAGAGGGCAAGGAAAUGCUGAUUGAAGAUUCAGAAGAAACAAAAAAGAAGCUGAAAGAAGUGGAGGAGGAGCUGAGGAGAGUUAAAAUUCUCAAUGAAAAUAUCAAAAGGAAAGGCAAUAACCACCAAACACACUUUACUGAGGCUAGUUGUGAUCUUGAACACCUUUUAGGAAAAAUGAAUGAUGUAAAGCUAGAGGAGGAGGGGGAAAACUCGCUACUAUAUAAAAACCAAAGUGCACCAGAUGAAGAACUAGAAGAGUCUGAAAAACCAGGUGAUAACACAAAAAUCAUGAAGGAUGUUAAUAUAACCAAGGAGAAUAAGGAAGAUCGUAGCGUAUAUAUUGGUGAUGUUAGAAAUGAAGAUAACAGGUCCAAUUUGAAGGAAAAUAUUGAUUUUAGGAAUGAAGAGGAGUUUGAAAAACCAGGUGAUAACACAGAAAUCAUGAAGGAUGUUAAGAUAACAAAGGAGGGAAAGAAAGAUCAUAGUGUAAAUAUUGGUGAUGAUAGUAAUGAAGAUAACAAGCCCAAUUUGAAGGAAACUAUUGAUUUUAGGACUGAAGAGAUUCCAGAGCCAAUGGUGCAGGAGAAGGAUGAUUUGUCUGAGGUAAGGAGUAAUGUUGAGACCGAAUCACUUGAUCUGGGGACUGGUGAGAAAGAAGAUCAACCUACCUGGAAUGACAUGUCUACAAGUGGAUUAGAUGAAACAGAAAAGAUUCUAUUGGAAUACACAUCAGUUUUAAGGAGCUACGAGGAUGUAAAGGGAAAGCUCAAUGAUGUGGAGAAGAAAAAUCGGGACAACAUUUCUGAGUUGACACAUCAGGUAAGGGAAUUGAAGGAUACCGUUGAAAUUAAGGAUAAAGAGAUAAACAUUUUACAACAGAAGUUGUCCUGUUCAGAAACAAAUCCCGAUGAAAGUCAUUACACCACUCUCACAGAUUAUAACCACACGCCACAAGAAGCACUUCUUCAAGGAAUAGACUCACAGGAUCCUGAAAAUCCAUCUUCAAACACAGAUGCAAGUGCAGUUAGUACUUCUUAUGCAAAUCAACAACAUGUUGAAAACAAAGAAAAGGUUGGCAUUAGCAUGUCACAUGGAAAGACCAUACUAGUGAAGGUGAAAACAAACCAGCUUGGAAAAAGCCACUCACUUUCAAACUUAGAAAAGAAAUUUCGUUCAGACAUCGAUGAUUUGCUAGAGGAGAACUUGGAGUUCUGGCUGAGGUUUAGCACCUCGGUGCAUCAGAUUCAAAAGUUUCAAAAUUCCAUUAAGGACUUAAGAUUUGAGCUUAGAAAAAUAAGGGGUAACAACAUGCCCCAAGAGAACUCAAGUUCUAUACAAUCUGAAAUAAAACCAAUAUUUAGACACCUAAGAGAGAUAAGAACGGAGUUAUUACUAUGGCUUGAACACAAUGAAGUGUUGCAGGAAGAGUUGCAGGGUAGGCAUCCAUCAUUGUGCACAUUACAAGAUGAAAUAGCAAGAGCAGCAAAUCCAAAUUGUGCAUCACAUAUGGCAGAACUAAGUGGAUAUCAGGCUGCAAAGUUUCAAGGUGAGGUUUUAAACAUGAAGCAGGAGAGCAACAAGGUUUCUAGUGAACUCGAAGCAGGUGUGAGUUGUGUGAAGGGACUUAGAGGUCAAGUUGAGAAGAUGCUAGAAGAACUGAAUCAAGAAAUUAGGGCUAACACUCAUGGCAACAUGAAACACUCCACAAGUCGUGGUAGAAUACCCUUGAAGUCUUUUCUGUUUGGAAUCAAGUUAAAGAAGCAAAAGCAAACGGUUUUGACAUGUGUGCAUCCAACACUGCUUAGGCAAUAUAGUGAUCUAUCAGAGGCUGAGGAUACCUUUAUAUAGACACAUUUUCAUCCUCUAGUUGAGUUUUUGGACAAUUCUACAUUUUGUAUAGUCAAUGAUUAUGAUUUUGAUGUUGCUUUUAUGUCUAGUCUUUUGUCUGAAAUCGUAGAAGCUAUGUAACCAGCAUUUGCGUUGUAAAUAUAUACUUACACGGAAAUAUAAAGAUUCUCUAUAAACUUUAACCAAUUC